AUGGAAUAUAACAAAAAAAAUGAAAAUGAACAAAAUACAGUUAAUUCAGAAAAAAAUAAAAAUGAAACAAAGGAAAAGAAUUUAAGAAAUUUUGAAAACACAUUCAUUUAUGAUUGGAAGAAAGCUUUAAAACGAGUAGAAGAAGGUAGAAAAUGUUGUGAACAUUUAAGCAAAAUAUUUGUUGAAAUUAUUCGUAUAGAAAAAGAAUAUGAAAGUAAUUUAAGAAGUUUAUGUAAUAUAUUUAAAGAAUUUAACAGUGAAUCGUCAGGUAUUAAAAGUGGAAUUAUUAGUUUAAAAAAAAAUAUUGAAAGGAGAUGUGAACAAAUUAAAGAUUUUGUUAAUUACAUUGAAUGUGAAAUAUUAAAUAACACAUUAAAUACCACUUUAGUUAAUCAUAAAAAUGUCUUUGAUCAAAUAAAAAUUGAUGGUAUUGAAAAUGAAAAAAUAGUAGAAAAAACAAAAAAAGAAAGUGUAAAAUAUAUUGAAAAUUGUGUAAAUGCAUAUGAAGAAUUAAUGGAGUCUAUUAAUGUUUUUCAUAACAGUGCAUAUUAUCAUCCUAUAAAAAGAAUAGAAUUAUCAAAUGUGUGUAUAAAUAAAUACCUAGUAGCUAAAAAGAAAGAAUAUGAAUAUAAAAACACAAUAAAUAUUAUAAAUGAAGUUGAAUUAAAAAAAGAAAAAAGAUUGAAAAGUAUUUUAUAUUCACUUGAAUCAAUGGAUUAUAAAAGAAUUUCAUGUAUAAAAGAUAACAUUAUGAAAUAUUUAAUUUUUUUUACCUCAUAUAUAAGAAAUGUUCAAUAUGAUCUUAAUAACUGCAUAGAUAUAUUCAAAGAUAUUAAUCCAUAUGGAGAAAUAGAAGAAUAUUGUCUAUCUUAUAAUAAAAAAUUUAAAAAUGAAAUUGAAGAUAUAAUAUUUUUUAAUAAUAUAGUCUCAUGGCCUAUGUUAAUUGAUUACCUAAAUGAAUUAAAUUAUGUCAAAAAAAAUGGCUCUCUUAAUAAUUAUGAAGAUAUUUCAAUAGAUAAUGAUUAUUUAAAUAAUACCAAAAAUAAAUAUAGAAAUUUAAUUUCUACAUUUUUUAAUGUUGAUGUUUACAAAAACUUUAUUCAAAAUAAUAGUAAAAAGAGUGCACAAAAUUUUAAUAGUAUAUACACAAACAUUUUUAAUGAAAUUAUUUUUUUUAAUAAAAAAGAAAGUAAUGAUGAUGAUUUUAAAGGAGAAAAUGAAGACAAUAUAUCAUUGCAUGAAGAAAAUGAAGGUAAUUGUUUAAAUUUAUAUGAAGAAAUUGAAAAAGAACAUGAAAAUUAUUAUAAUGAUAAAGAGUUUCGUAAAAGAGAAAAUAUAAUAAUGAAUGAUGGUAAAGAUGUAAUAAUGAAUGAAAGGAAAGAUAUAAUAAUGAAUGAAAGCAAAGAUAUAAUAAUGAAUGAAAGUAAAGAUGUAAUAAUGAAUGAAAGAAAAGAUAUAAUAAUGAAUGAAAGAAAAGAUAUAAUAAUGAAUGAAAGUAAAGAUAUAAUAAUGAAUGAAAGUAAAGAUAUAAUAAUGAAUAAAAGUAAAGAUAUAAUAAUGAAUGAAAGCAAAAAUUUUGAACUGGAUGAUAUAGAUACUCAUAAACAAGGGAAUUUGUUUAUGAAUACCGAUAGAAAUAUAAAUGAAUAUAUUAACGUAGAAAAAAAAUUAUAUACGGAUGUAAAUUUUGAGAGAAAAGAAAAAGUAUGUGAAGAAAAUGAUACAUCUAUUAAAUAUAAUUCGUUAAAUAAAAGUGAUAUAGAUGAAAAAGGUAAAAUAAAUGAAAAUGAACAGGAUAACUUAAAUAAUAUAUAUGAAAAUUCUGGAAAAGAAUUUAUUAAAAGUGAAUGUAAUAGAAAAAAUAAAUAUAUAGAGGAAAAAAAAAAAAAUGAAAAUAUCAAUUUUAGUACUGAGAACAAUGAUAAUAGUAGUAAUAUUGAUUCAAAAGGUUAUAAAUACGAUUGCUUUAGUGGUAAUACAGAUGAUGAAUCUGAUUAUAGCUAUUCUUUAAUAAAAAACCUACAUGAGAAAAAAAAAAAAGAUAGCUCAAGUAGUGUUAGCAGUGAAAAAAAUAAUUUUGAUGGUUUAUUAGGUAAUGUGAAUAAUAAUUUAAAAAAAAUGGGAAUUUUUUUUCAUUUCUAUUUAAAAAAUUUAUUUAUGGGUAAUUUUGAUAAGAUAUCAGAAUUUAACAUUACAAAAUAUUUUAAUGUGUAUAAUAAUAGAUUUGUAUUUUGCGAAUGUUUAAUAGAUUUAAUUAAAAAGAAAAGAAUAAAUUUUAUUUUUCUUAAGAGUAUAGUUUUACUUGCAAAAAUAAUCUUAAUAUUUUUAGACUACUGUAAUUUAUACGUAGAUUACUGGUCAUCCAUUUAUAUUUUGAUUGCAGCAGAAAAUUUUUAUUUUGAAAUUGAAAAUGAUAACACUAUUAAUGUGAAUUUAUUAUUGCAAAAGUAUUCUCUUUUUGAAAAAAAAAAAAAUUCCUUAUCAAAUAAAAAUAUAGAUAUAUUAAACAAUAAAAAAACUAGUGAUAUGAAUUUAAUAAAAAAUACAAAAGAAAAAUAUUUUUCUGAUGAAAAUGGAAACUCUAAAAAUAUUUCUUUUAAUACAAAGAAUGUAAAAAUAUUUUCUAAAGUUAAUCAAAUGUAUCCAAAAAGUAAGAGUGUUAUAAAUAUAUAUGAAUGUAAUAAAAAUGAAAAAAAUGAACUAAAUAACGAAAGUGAUGUAAAUUUAAAUGAUUUUAAUUUAAAUAAUAGAAACAAAAAUUGCAUAAAAGAAGUAAGUGAAAAAUAUAUAAAUGAGAAUGUAAAUAUAAAUAGUACAUAUGAAAAUAUGAAUGAUAGAUAUAUAGAAGAUGAAGAAAAAAUAAAUGUAAAUACAAAAAAUCCUCUUAAUGAAAAUGAUGAAACUUAUAAUAAAACUAUAAAUAACACAUUAGAAGAAAACAUCAAAAAUGAAACAAGUAUAAAAAGUGAAUAUAUUAAUGAUUCAAAUGAUAGCAAAAAGCAAAAAAUAUUUUUACAUAAAUUUUUAUAUUCACAUAACUUUUGGAACAACAUAAAAUUCUGGGAAGUUAGUUUUUUAGUUAUAAUAUCAGAAAUAAUACAAGAAAUUAUUUUAUUGGAAAAAUUACGCUACGAAAAUAAAGAAUCAUUAAUUAAAAAAUAUUUCUUUUUUUUUAAAUAUUUUAAUUUUUAUAAUAGUAUGAUUCAUUUCGGUUUAUCUAUUAAUCAAAUUGGCUUGUUACUAAAUAAAAUAUUUCAUUAUUUUAACUUGAAAAAUGAUCCUAUUUCUAGAAAAUAUUUUUUUCAGAUAAUUGAUAUAGCUACUAAUAAAAAUAUUACCUUAAAUUAUAUUAAAAUGGAUGUAAAUAAUAUAAAUACAGAAUAUAAAAAAUAUUAUCUUCAACAUUAUAAUAACUUUUUGAAUGAUGAAAAUAAAAAAACUAUGAGAAAAUCUUAA